CGGCACUGAAGUUCCCAAGGCAAAUGUUUCCGCCCGGCAUUCCUUUUAGUGGGACCAACGUGGAAGUUUUGUGAACUGGGGUUUGGUUUGUUGCGCGCAAACUAGUCGCUAUUUUCUGUGGACAGUUUACUACAGAGGGCACAAUGGCGCUUCCAGGUCCCAAUAAGGACAAUAUCCGGGCUGGCUGCAAGAAAUGUGGUUAUCCUGGACACCUGACGUUUGAGUGUCGAAACUUUGUCCGAGUCGACCCGCAGAAGGACAUUGUUCUGGAUGUAAGCAGCACCAGCAGUGAGGAGAGCGAGGAAGACUUACCCGAGGCUCUACGCAACGAGAAGCUCGGUCCCAGCGGCCAGCGCGCUAGAGGUUCCUAUGAUGAUGAUCGAAAAAAGAGAAACAAACGCCGCAGCAGCCGAGACAGAAAAUCAAGGAAAAGAUCUUCAUCAUCAAGUGACGAGGAGGCCGUGAAGAAGAGAAAGAAACACAGCAGUUCAAACUCAUCGAGUGAUGAGGAGGAGAAGAGGAAGAAGAAAAAGAAGAAGAAGAAACUGAAAAGCCACAAGAAAAAAAGUAAAAAGAACAAAAGAGAGCAUGGGAAGCAGCACAAGAAGCAGAAGAAGAGGAAACAGGAAUCAUCAUCUGAGAGUUCCAGCUCAUCCUCAGACAGUGACUGAGAGUUGGCUCAGGAUGCUUCCUAUACUUAGUUACAGUUGCAAAAGGCAGCAUCAUUAGUGUUGCAAAUUACAAAACCUAGCUGUUGUGUGGAUGGAAUCAGUUUGAACAGUCUGCAGUGAUGCCAAACCGGUGGAAUCACGCAGAGAUAUGUUGGAUGGAUGUAUGGAUCUAUACAAGAAUACUCAAUUUGUUCUGCCAGAAAUCUGCUGUGAAGUGACCUGCAUGGUUUCCUUACAGUUAUAAUGGCUAUCCACUGUUAGCACAGGUAAUGCUGAACAUCAGUGCAAGAUCUUCAAUGGAGAAAAGAAUUCCCAAAAAAGCCUUUGACCUAUGAGUGUGCAGGGACCAUGUGUUAGGCUUUUUGAUGCUGUCCUGUUUUUUUUUCAACCUCUUCUCUUUUUUUUAAGACAUAGUUCUCCCAUUUUACAAAUAAAUCUUUAUGACUGUAUUUUCCCCAUUGUCAACAUCCAGAAAGAUCUGGCAACCUCUGCACCUCCUGUAUCACUCUGCCCUAGAGGAGCAGCAGCCACCACAGUGAUGAAUUAGAUUGCUUGAGUUUGCUACUGUUUGUUUUCUUCAUUGGACACAUUUAUGCAUGUUCUGACAAUUUGAGGCUGUAAAAAUUCUGCCACACAUGAAACGUAUAACUUUGUUUUAAAAAAACUAGAUAGUGUUCACAUUAGCGGUAACUCAGGAAAAUCAGGAGGUUGCUGGAAGUCCAUUCAUUUUUUUAUGACCAGUAAAAUGCUGGCCAAAAUUAACCACAUUUGUCAGACUUUUUUAUUGUUGGAUGGCAACAUGGUCUGAACUAUGUGGUCACAAAUCAUAUUGCUAUCAUACUAUGAUUCGUGAUGUUAGCGGUAGUGUGAAAUUUUGUGUCAGAAUUUGCAUUUCCGUGAAAAAAAAAAGAUAAAAAUGAUGUGUUUUUUUCUGUGGUCUGUAAAAAAACAAAUGUGUUGACUUUCGCCUAGAGAAUAGGAUUUGUAUGCCAGGGCAUCUCUGUUGCACCACAGUACUUUUGUCUAUUUUGUCACAUAUUUUCUCUUUAUCAGGAAUUGCAGCUCCUGUGGAAAAUAUAUAAAUUUUUCAUCCCUACACUCAAGAGCCAAAAAGGUUGUUGGUUUUAAUAAGGGAUCGAUCACUAUUGAUUUUUCAGGGCAAAUAAUGAUACCAAUUUUAAGUAAUCCAGGAUACCAAUAACUGAGACUAGAACACUGCGCUCUUCUGGCGUGUCUCCCUCUACUCAGCCUUUCACCCCAGGCCUGCCCCUUAUCCUUCUUCCCUUGGUGAUAAUCAGCUCAGAGAAUAUUCAUGUGAACCAUGAGCGCUGUACUGUGAGUUGGGAGGUGAAGGUGAAGUGACUGCAGAUAGGACCACAGGAAAACAUGCCAACGUUGAGCUUCAGUUUCUGAGUAGACUCAUGUUGUAGGAGUCAACAGUUGUGUGUUGACUCGGGCCGCUCAGAGAUUUCGACUCUCACAGAGUCUUAAUCCCAUGCUAGAUGAGUAUGACGGGCCCUAACGAGUCUACAUGUUAAUCUUGGUUUUGAUUGUGCACAGUGGACAAUUGCAACUUGGUUUGACCCACUUCCAAGUCUUAAUGAUCUUUCACCCCACUUCCCAUUGAUUUGACAAUACUUCCACAUUGACAUUUAAUACUUUAACGUUGAUGUCCUAUGCCUGGCACGAAGCAUCUAUAUUCAGCUCCCAUUUCCAGUAAUAUGGAGUACUACUACCACCUGGUGGAUUUGAAUACACCUCCAAGUUCAAUAACAGAAUUCAAAUGUAAGUUGUUGACUCAGUAUUGGCCUCUGUAGCCCUGGCUGUAUUAGGGUUCAAUCCUGAUGCCAAAGGGUGUCUUUGACAUCGGUAGCAGACACGAAAGGUGUGUAAUCACGCUGCGGUAUUUGACGACCAUGUGUUGAAUUAAGAUGCCAAUCACUGUAAAAUUCAGAACCUUGACCACAAUAAUCAGCCGGGACUGAUGUUUUGUCCAUUACAGUUUAAAUUUAGCUUUGCAUUUCAGGAUGCCGUGAAGCCUUCGAUCAAAAUAGUCCUCCUUAGACAUUAGCUUAAGUACAUGAAACUGCAUCAGUAUAUUUUGCUCGGGAUCCCAUGUGACCCUUCUCAAGGCCCCUGGUGGUCAAGGUCCCUCUUUGGGAUGUCCAUUGGACAGUUAACACUGACGUUGCAUGCAGCAUAUCAAGUAACCAAAGUUAAUUUCCAAAUUGCUGGAUGUGAAUUUGUGGAAAAAAGCCAUUCAUAGUUCUCCGUAAAAUAUAAUGGAUCUGGGCUGUAAAAUUAUUUGGUCAACUAAGCACCUCUCAAAUAGUAUACCUCCACUUCGAAAUGUGUUUGAAUGUUGUUUGUUGUCUUCUCUGAGGUGUGCUGUUAUCUGUUGUAAUGGUUUUUUUAUGCAAUAAAAAUGUACCUUUUCAUAAA